AUGAAGCUAUGUUUUGUGUGUCUAUGGAUGAAAGUGAAUGAAGCUAUUCAUUCUCUAACUCCAUCAGAUUUGACAUGCAAGAGACGUUAUUAUCGAUUAAUUACUGAUCGAUCAAAUUAUAUCAUUACACCAAAUAAUCUCAUAGCAGCAAUUCAUGCUACUAUUGGUCUUGAUGAAAAUCAGCCAUCUCUUCUACUAACACAAUUAUGGCAUAGGGAGAUUUCUCAACAGCCUUUAAUUUUAGACUUGUCAUCUCAUUAUGUUGAACUAUAUGGUGACUUUGAUAGCGAUUCGAACAUUUGGCUGAUGAACUUUUCUUCUGUACAUAAAGCAUCAAGCUUUGAUUCAACAUUGAGUAUCCGUUCUACGUUGCUCAGUAAGAGAGUUGAUCUUCUACUACAAACAAAACAAGAAGAUGCUUGUUCUUCUCCAAAAUCACCCAAAGAUUUCGCACUGUGCUGUCAACUAUGUACGCUGGCAACAAAAUGCCCAGAUAUAAAUAUUUCAGUUGAACAAUCAAGAUAUGAUAUAACUGUUACAGAUCGUGGACUACUCGUAGCCCAUUUUACAGAAGAAUCAAAUCGACGAUUCACGUGUUUACUCUUUCCAUCUAGUGAAACCAUUCGAUUUUGGUCAACUAUUACUGACACGAUGAAUAUUGAUCAACGAGCAGAUCGCGACGAUUUAAUGAUCGUUCAGCAUUCUUACGGAGUGAUUCAUAACUACUUCUACUAUUCAACAUACCUCUACUAUCAAUGGAAUAAACAAACAACUGAUUUCCAUUUUCUAGAUGUUGUAUUUAUCCCAUACAAACACUUAGCAAUUUUUCAUCUAAAUCAAUGUAAUGUAACAAGAUGUCAACUUGUACUACGAGUCUAUCGUUAUCAAUUGAAUAAAAUCCUUGAAUUUAGUCAACAGUUGUAUCAUCCCGAAGUGAUCGUUGAAGAGAAUGUUUCUUCACAAGUCUAUUUUCGACUUCAUUUCGAUCUCUUAUCAAAUAUGCUCUAUCUCAUUGGACAAGAAGCUAUUUAUGCAUCGAAUGAUUACGGUGUCAGAUUAACUCGUAUUUGGAGGCAUAGUUUAUCGACGAUAAAUUCGAUUAUUCACAAUCCAAUCAUGUUUUCUGACACUGGUCAUAUCGCUUUCAUCUACGAACUAAACAAGACUAUCUGUUGUUACUAUUUCGCUGUUUUCUCAAAAUCAGGUUUGUACUACGGAUGGCGCACAGAAACAUUUCGAUCGUUCAUUAAAUUGAACAAACCGUUCUUCUUCGAUGUUAGUGGAAGUUUAUAUUUUAAUGCAUCACCACCUGUAUUAAUUAUUCAAGCAACGGAACAAUCGCUGAUGGCAUCACAAUACCUGUUAAUGAACCUGAUCCCAGGUCCUAUCUUCAUUCACAAAACAGAUCUAAAUCAAUUGUUCGUCUUCUGUUCGUUGUCAGUAUGGCAUGAAUCGUUCCAAUUAAUCGGUUCGUCAAUUCAAUUUGAUCAACUCGGACUCUUCUUUAUCAUAAAUAUGGAUGUAUUCCCAUCUUCGGAAUUCGCGUUUUGUUUGCAAACAUAUCCUUUAUCCCAUCCGACACUUCCACCAUUCCGACAGUGCCAACUCACUAUUUAUUCUUCAUCGGUCUCUAAAAACCUUCAUUUGCAAUUGUCUGGAUGUUCUUUCGGUUAUCAAGAUCAGAACUCUACGAUAAUUACGUCGAAGUUUCCUUCAAUUUUUCUCGAGACUGUCGUGAAUGAGACAUUUGCAUACGGACGAAUCUUCAACAAAACGUUACCGAACAAUACAUAUAUCGUUGACCAAUGGAAUCUCAUUCAUCUCCAAAAAGUUGACCAAGUGUUAGAUCGGUGUUUAUUACAAAACAUCAAUCCAAAUAUCCAUCGUCCACCGUUGGUCUCUAUACAACCUGGAGCAACGUACAUGCUCUCUUAUACCCAUCGAUUAGUAACAAAAAACUUCUACUUUCUGACAAAUAACGAUUAUCAGUUUCAUGGCAAUUCUAUCUCGAAUACUCAAUAUCUAACGGCGUCAUUAUUUAACAAUAGGAAAUCUAUAAUUAAUCAGGUAUUUACUCAAAGUCAAUUAUCGUGUCACCUACCUUCGCAACGAACUAUUACGUUUGUCACAAAAUGUCUGAAGAACACAGUCAUUCGAUCUGUAUUCGAAAUCGAUCCAGAUUUAUCGAAAUUGACUGCGAUUGAACCACCGGCCAAUUUUCAAUUAGAACGGUAUCGAGCUGGUUUUCAUUCCGUGAUUGUGUAUAAUGUUGACGUCGGUCAAGAAAAAUCAAUUUGUGAUGGAUUUAAGAAUUGUUCGUGCAUUUCAACAUUAAUGUCUAAUAACUCAAUCAUGCAUUGUGCAGAACGAUUCUAUACAAUAAAUUCAACGAUUACCAAUCGUGUGCACAUGUCUUUGUCGAUGAAGAGCGAACACAUCGGCAAACCAACCGAUAAAAGUAUCUUUUUGAUUGAAGAAGUAUCAAACCGCGUUGAUUUUCAAAUUAUUGAUAAUCUUUGGACGAGCGCAAUAAAAGAAGAGUAUCUGAAUUUAUUCCAGAAGAAUAUCGAAGAAUUAAUUGAUAUUGAAAUGCGUAUAUUUCAUAUUUUAAAUAGCUCUCUACCUCACGAUAAACUCAUUUUUCUCGGAGGGAAUUUAAAACUUCACUUACUGGAUGAAGGCCUUUUCCAUUUUCGGAUUACUUAUCUAUGGGGCGAUCAAUAUUGUCUAACCAGCAGUGAUCUCAUAAUUAUGGUGAUCAGCAAUACACCGACAUUGACCAGCUAUACAUUUAAUUAUCUUCUCGCAUGUAUCUUAAUAUUAAUAGUAAUGUGUGUAUUUUGGGUGGUUUAUGUGAUUUUUUCUGAGAAAAUUCUUCGAAAGUAUUGGAAGAACUUCUUUCAAUCGAAACGAGAAAGUUUCUUCGUGAAGCGAUCGAUCAAUGAUCAUAUGAACUUUGAAAUGUUAGUGAAAAUUCGUGAACAAUCGCAAAACUCCUUAACAAACAAGAAAAUGAACUUUCAACAGGAGUAA